AAGGAAACGUGGAUGGAAAAAGUAGCUAUCUGUAUGGAGGUGUCAGUCGACUAAAAGUUGUAGUAGGCCAUUGGCAAGUGAAAGGAAUUUCAUUACAACUCCACCUCACUCAACGACUUCCGACAUAUCCUAAUUCCUGUGGGACAUCCCCCCAAGUACAUCAGACAAGGCUCUCCACGUCCAGGGGACUCUUUGGAAAGAAAAAUGCACUCCCAAAUGGAAUACAAAGUACAUGGGAAUAAAUUUGAGAGGCUCCAAGCAAAAAUACGAAAGAGUGAAAUGGAGCGUCAGGAAUUGGAAUGUAGAUUUCAGAACCUGAUGAGGAGUUCCAAUGAAUGCGAAAAAUCAUCACUAAAGCUACUACGCGAGGAGUACAAGAAAUUCAUGGACGAGGACAGGCAACGUGUGGAACGAAAUGAAAAUCUACUGCAAACCUUGGAUCGUAUUGAUUUUCAGGCAGCAGCACUGGCCGCCAAAACGGAACGUUUAAAGUUGCUUAAGACACAGUAUAAGAGUCUUCUGAUGAAAAACUGGGCUGGGGACGGUGGUAGCCGAAUAGUUUCACAUAGAUCAAAUAUAUCGAGUCCGCAGGAGUAUCAUGGCAUUAGGUAUGCCAGAACAUCGCCCAUUUAUCAGAAUCACGGGCCAAAUUAUUGGUCUGAUGGUGAGAUGGGAGGAAGUAUGAAGAAUGCACCACAGAUUCGAGAUAUGGAAAUUCAAACGUCUCUCACGAUGCUCGAUGUCCCACAUAGCGUGGUAACUUCUUUUAGCACCCUGGCAUCCGCGAGAGCCACUAGGGACCCAUUGUCCCCUCAGGAGAACCAUCAAGAUGCCAAGUGCGCGGGAAGUUUGGCAAAUCAAAUGGAAAGCCCAGAAUGUGGCGCGAAAGAAAUUCCACCAUCUGUCUCACCUGAAUGGAAUAAAAUGCUUCCCAAUCCCGUGGUAACUUCUACAAUUACAACUUCUCAAUCUGAUUACCACGCAAGCUCCCCAUCCAAGUGGGAGGAAAUUCAUGAGGUGGAGAUGAAAGAGACAAAGGAGAAUGAGGAAUUAGGAGCAAGUGAGAAUACAUCAAAGUUAUCAUUUGCUCAGCCUGAAGACCCACCAUGCGAACCAUCAUUCUACCUUCGCGAGAUGCCUGAGGUGGUGGCACAUGCUCCUACGGCUGAGGCAGAAGAAGUGGAUGAUGGAAAAAUCGAAGAGCAUAACACACCUGAGUACAAUGAGACAGCCGAAGAAGUGGUACAGGAGGAGAAAAUUGAUAGUGGACAGAACGAGAUGGGGGAACAAUUGGGUAAUUUAUCAACAGCGGCGACACCAAAGCCACGGACCUCAUUUCUGAGACAUGCUCUACUGAAGAAUACAAAACACGAAUUGAUAGGACGGGGCCGGAGCGGAGGUGACAAGGGUACGCAGAAGGUCGUUAAGAGGGUGGAAUUCUGUCUGGAUCAGAAUGAAUCACACGAAGACACCAAGAGUCAAUGGAAUUUGGAUGAGAUUGGGGAAACAACCUCAUCCCCAUACUACAAAGCAAAUGCGGAAGAAACCCAAGUGGAACCACUCGCGGAGGAAAGGUCUUUGAUGUCACCCCAUUACUCACAGUAUGUGGAACCCUAUGAGCCUACACAGGGAGAGGAAUUAAAUCAAUUCGAUGAUGAAUACGAACGCGAUGAACUCGAGAGUGAGACGCAGGAGGAGCCAUCCUACGCAGACACACAAAACAUUCAUGAAGAACCAAUUGAGACGGGUGACAUUCCACAGCAUCAAGUGGAAUACACUCCAGCAGUAGAGGAAUCAACAAUCAAUCUGCAAAGUAGUAAUUACCAAUAUCCGGAAACGGGAGAGGUGGUGGAACCCUAUUAUGCUGGAAAUGAGGACAAUGUGCAAACAGUUGUUGAUGAGAAUGUUUAUGCUUCAGAAGCCCCAUUUGCAGUCCACAGCAGCUAUGUGCAAGACAACAGUGAAUUGCCCCAGUCCGAGGUAUCGUCAACACCAUCGGUGCAUUUGUUGACUCAAGACCCCACUACUGCUGUGGAGCAACCAGAAUCACCCUAUCAACAAUUCAUUAGCCCUGAUGCCAAUGUACAGCAAGACACGUACCAAAAUAGUGGAUUCACAGCAUCGAGUGAAUAUUUGGAAGCUCCUCAGCAGCAGACGCCCCAAGAUUUUGGGGCUAAUGAAGUUUACACGGGAAGUGAGUAUCAACAGUACGAUGGCAGUGCAAUCAAUCAAGUUGGGGAGUAUGAUGGGUACGACACAACGAGUGCACCAUCACAGCCGGAGGAUUAUAAUCUCAAUCAGGGGGUGAUGGGUUAUGAGCAAAAUUAUGCCAACUAUGGCAGUCAGGACGUUCAAUAUGCCUCCGGUGGAACAAUAGAGGGCUACGAGCAGGGCUAUUCAGAUGCAAAUUACGCCGAAGGUGCAGGAAGCUACAUUGGCACUGAUGAGGUGCGUGAGUAUGAGCAGGGACCCGAUGGGGUGUACAUGAGUGGUGGUGAAGUAGCACCGUCGGAUCAAGUGGUGGCAUCACAGGCAAUGUAUGCAAACUUCCAGCAGGAAGAUCAAUAUAGCAAUCAACAGGAAGUUCAGGGGGACUAUUAUAACUUGACUGAGGAACCCACAGUAGCGUCCAAUGUAUUAGAUCCCAAUGCUACUCUGCAAACCCUCCCAGUGGAGAAUGCAAAUCAAGAUGCCCCAUCUCCUCAGACAACAUACUCCGAUGAUUCAUCCAAUUAUAUUACCCAAGAACCACCUAUUGCUGAGCAAACCCUCCAAACGGAGAAACCCAAAACCACAAAGAGCACAAACUUCCUGGACAGUAGUAGUAGUGAAUCCGAAAGACGUCCCGGGCAAAAAGUAAAGUUUGCCGAUGAAGAGAAGCAUUUCCCGGCCAAUGAUGAGAGUGACUUUGACUUCUCAUCCCAGAGGGAUGAUAAAUAAAUAAGAAAAUAUACAUAACAUACCUAUAUAGACAAUUGAACACAAAUUAUUCCCAUUCCCCAAAAUGGACGGCACUGAUGUAUAGGUGAAGAGAAACUUGCAAAGCUCACGCUUUACCCAAUUGCAAAUUGCAUUUCAGCAUCCCAAGCUUUGACUUUGUUGCUGAAGAGUAUUUCCUUUUCUUUGACAAUAAAUGGCAAUUGAUACGGA